AUGGCGAUUGUGGUCUGCAUCGACGACAUCUGGAAAAUGGUGGAUCUUGUACUGGGUUCGCGGUCUGUGGAUGGUUUCCUCCUCCGACGUCUUAUCCGUGUGUGGGUGCCAGAUCUGGAGUUUGAUGGCGUGUCCGGGGUGUUGCUUGGUCCGAUUCAUUUAACGUUACUAGACUGGUCAAGUUUAAUCCCUAUUCUACAGCGUGCACAUGCAGUGCACACUUCUUUCCAUGAGAUUGUCUUUCGGGGUCCGAUCCUCCUCGAGCUUGUCCGUUUGGACUUACUCGACAGGGCUCCGGGGUUCCUGCCGUCUCCUUGGGGCGGUGAUGCUAGGGUUUCUCGUCAGGUGGCGAGAUUUGGUGUCAGAUGCUUCAGAUCUAUGCAAGGGUUCAACGAUGAAGACUGCGGCUCCGGGGCGCUGAUUAUUAGGGGCACAUGUAACAUGCCCGGAAAUUUAUCGGUUGUCAUUGACAAGGUCAAGCUGGCUUCGACAGAUGUAGAAACCGUGGAUUUAUCAAGCAAAAUGCAGUCUUGGAGGAGUCGUAAUUCAGUUCCAAGUUCGUCAUACGUAUCUGUCAAUGCCAUCUCACAAAUGAGCCAUUCAACUGUCCCAGUGGAACAAGUUCUGGAAAUUCCUCCUGAGUUCGAUCCGGAUUCUACUGAGUUUGUCUCGGAUAUAAGUGAUUAUGCAACAGAAUUCAAACAGAGAGAUGUUGUGGAAAUUCCUCUUGAGUUUGAUCCAGAUGCUACUCAGCUGGUUUCAGUCGAAAGGCACAAUGCGACCAAGCUGCAAUGGGAGGGAAUAGAAAUCCCUCUUGAGUUUGAUCCAGAUUCUGUUGAGCUGGCUCCUGACAUCACUGAGUACACAUCAAAACUGAAACAGUCACAUGAGCGUGCUCGAAAGCUGCGGGCAGAUUUGGCUGUUGAAGAGCAGCGCGAACAAGAACUGAGUAGAAUGCUAAAGGGCAUAGUGACUGUUCCAAGUUUGUCCGAAACGCAUAAAAGGCGACCAAGGAGAAAGAGUAGUAUAGAGCGAUUGAGAGUGUCAAGGCAUUUGGCUGAAGAGGCAAUCAGUUACUUCGAGGAGUGUGUUUCAAUUUCAACAUUAGAUAGCACUGAUUUCUCCUCACUCGAGGAACCUCAUCAAAAUUCAGGUGGGACUGUCCCGCGAAAGAGCAACAGUAGAUUUCUCCUCAAAGGGGGGUCAAGCUCUUUAGGAUCCCACUUUCCAACUGAUCGACACAAUUAUAAUGAGCUUAGAGGCUCAAUGAGAACCAACCAAGUGUACCUCAACUGUGGUGAUCAUGAAAACUCAACUACAGAAUCUGACAACCAAACCCAGUGCUCAAUGAGCAUCACUGGAUCUGAUGUGUCUGACGGUGUUGUCUUUAGUCAUGCCAAGUCCCCUGGUUUGGGAACUAGAAACAAUUCUAGUGAUGAUUUUGACACACCACGAAGCAAAAGUUCUUGUUUUUCUUUCACACACGAGCCAGUGAAAGCUGUCGACAAUUGUGAUGUUCGUCAAUAUCUAAGGAGUUUCAGCAGAGUAAUCAGCAAAGAGAGGUCAAAUUAUUGUGCCGAUGACUAUGCUGUCCAGAAAGUGAGCGAGAACAGACUAACAGACAUGGUGGCCUUUAAGAACCGGAUAGAAUAUGGGGGCCUUAUUCUUUGUAAUAUCAGAACAUUCUGA